CCGGAAGUGAAUGACAGCACUGCCUGCCAAUAGGGCAGCCCUUGGAAAGGAAGGGGCUGCUUUCACUUUCCCCGUGUUGCAGGCCUUUUUCUUCUAUCAAAACACAUUGUGGCUGUGGAGGCAAAGCAUGUGUUCUAGUCUGAUUGAGAACUACGUGGCGGCUAUGGUGCUGAGCGCAGCUGGUGAUGCUCUGGGCUAUUACAAUGGACAAUGGGAGUUCCUCCGGAGUGGCAAGGAGAUUCAUAAGCAGCUGGCAAAGAUGGGAGGCCUGGACAAGAUUAAUAUAUCGGACUGGAAAGUCAGUGAUGACACCGUGAUGCACCUGGCGACAGCAGAAGCCCUGAUAGCUGCUGGGGAACAGCCUAAGCUCCCACAGCUAUAUUCCCUCCUAGCGAAGCACUACAAGGACUGCAUGGCCGACAUGAAGGGUAGAGCUCCAGGUUCUACUUGCAUUACGAAUGCAGCAAUGCUGCAGCCAGACAAACCAGAGGGCUGGAGGAUCCCAUUCAGUAAGACAGCAGGAGGAUGUGGAGCUGCGAUGCGGUCCAUGUGCAUUGGGCUGAGGUUCCAUCAUCCUGAGCAGCUGGACACAUUGAUUGAAGUCAGCAUUGAGAGUGGACGAAUGACCCAUCAUCAUCCAACUGGCUAUCUGGGAUCCCUGGCUUCUGCUCUCUUUACUGCCUAUGCUGUGAAUCGCAAACCCCCUCAACAAUGGGGAAAAGGGCUGAUGGAAGUGCUGCCGAAGGCUAAAGCUUAUGUCCAGAAGGCAGGUUACUUUGUGGAAGAGAACGUGGAGCACUGGUCCUAUUUUGAAGAGCAGUGGAGAAAAUACCUGAAGAUGAGGGGUAUUUUGGAUGGGGUAUCUUCUCCUACCUUCCCAAAAGCAUAUGGCGUGAAGGAGAGAGAUAUAUUUUAUACCUCCGUGAGUUACUCUGGUUGGGGAGGCAGCAGUGGGCACGAUGCCCCAAUGAUUGCUUAUGAUGCCAUGCUUGGUGCAGGUAACUCCUGGACAGAGCUUACUCACAGGGCCUUUUUCCAUGGUGGUGACAGCGACUCUACGGCUGCCAUUGCUGGGUGCUGGUGGGGAGCCAUGUAUGGUCUUGAAGGAGUCGGUGUAAAUCUUUAUAGACAGCUGGAGUUCAAAGAGAGGCUAGAGACUGUAGCAGAGUCUUUGUAUCAGAUAAGUUGGCCAUAUAAAGGUGAUGACUCUUGAAAUCACAUGUCAAACUAGUUUCAGCCCAUGCAAGUAUGUGUAAGCUUCUUGUGCUUUUUCAGUUAAUGUGUAGUACAAAACCCCCAGCAUUAAAGCAACCUGGCAUAGCAGCUGUCUUUUUGGCUUCCUGACAGCACUAGCAUAAAUGCACUUCUAGAAGAAUCAAAGCAUGGACAGUUGGGCUAAGACUUUGUAAGCAAUUGUUAGCAUGUCUGCAGCCUCUCUCCCCUAGCCCUCUCCCUCCCAGCUCCAGUGCUGUAGUCAGGAUGGGAGAAAGCAGGGAAGGGAGCUUCAUUUUGGGGUUUGCCUAGCAUGGCCUUGAGGCAGGGGUGGGUGGAUUGGAGCCCCCCACUGCAUCACCUUAGCCCUGCUCCCAAAGGGACAAACAUAUAUUAAUGAAGGUACUCUGCUUUGGAGUGCCUUCAUCUAAACCCUCAUUAAAUGAAGGUUAAUUUGUUGCAUGACUGGCCACUUUUAAAGCACUCUACAGUCAUACACUUCUGUCAGGGCAAGGUUGUAGGUCCUUUCAAGGGGCUGAUCAUGAGACAAAUCACUUCUGUCUGUGCCCCAAGUGAUUUUUAAGGGCUUUCCCUAGAACAGAUACAGCAGAGGCUGUGCCAAGGCAAAUCUCCCUUCCUUCAUCUACCAUCAUUUAAGUGACUAUCCUCCUGCUACAAGGAGCCCCCCCUGCUACAUGUCCUUUGUCUUCCUGCUCUAUGGCAGUCACUUAGCUUGGUUUAAACUAGAUGGCUAUUGCUAGCAGCACAGAUCAGUGCCAAAGGGGCUGCCAGUUGUUAGGCCAGACUGAGUGCAGUGUUGCUGCAAGCUAUUAGGGCUGUGCUGAUUCGAUUUGGAGGAGAUUCAGCCCGAUUCGGUGGCCAAAUCUCCAAUUCUGAAUUGAAUCAGGGGACCAAUAAAAAGGUCCAAAUUGAUUUGAAGCUCUCCGAA